AGAUUAGAAUGGUGUUGCAGCAAACAGUAGAAAAUUACUAUCAUCCUUAAGUAUUAAGUUUAUUCAAACAUUAUGACGGAGUCGGAAAAGAAGCCCCUCAUUGGAGCAGUGAACGAGGGAGAUGAAGAAGAAGAAGAGGUCUUGGAGGGAUGUGGAGGAACCAUGGCGUGUAAUCCCCACAGACCACUUCAUCGUUACUUGAUCCUUAUCAUCAUGUGUUUCCUCAGCUUUGGAAGCUACUUCUGCUAUGAUAACCCGGCUGCUCUCCAGGAUACCAUGAUAAAGGCCCUGGACAUUUCUGAGAGCACCUUUAUGGGGUUCUAUUCUUGGUACUCCUGGCCUAACGUCAUUCUCUGCUUCUUUGGGGGGUUCCUCAUCGACCGGGUUUUUGGGGUCAGGAUGGGAGCCAUCAUUUUCUCCUUGUUUGUUACUGCGGGUCAGGUGUUGUUUGCUGCAGGUGCUCUGGUUAACCAUGUAUGGCUAAUGGAUGUAGGAAGAUUUGUUUUUGGCAUUGGAGGAGAAUCUCUUUGUGUAGCCCAGAAUACCUAUGCUGUAAAGUGGUUCCAAGGGAAAGAACUCAACAUGGUGUUUGGUCUUCAACUCAGUUUCUCUAGAGUGGGCAGUACUGUGAAUAUGAAUAUCAUGCAGCCCAUCUACCAAUGGAUAAGUGGUAUGGGGUUUAAACAUGAGUACACCAGCUUAGGAGUGGUGCUUAUGAUUGGGGCUAUUAUGUGUAUAUUUUCUUUGAUAUGUGCACUUGUCCUAAGUUUCUUUGAUAAAAGAGCAGAUAGAAUUCUAAAGAGAGCCAGUGUCACCUCAGAUGAGACUAUCAGGAUUACAGAUGUGAAGUACUUUCCUUUGACCUUUUGGCUCCUGUGUAUAAUAUGUGUGGGAUACUAUGUAGCAGUUUUUCCAUUUAUUGGAUUAGGAUUGGUGUUCUUUGAGAUGAAGUGGGGCUUUGAUCCAAGUUUAGCAAACAAUGUCAACAGUUUGGUGUACAUUAUAUCAGCAGUUGCCUCCCCUGUCUUUGGUUUCCUGAUUGACCGUAGUGGGAAGAAUAUUUUCUGGGUUAUUUUGGGGACUGUGUGUACUAUAGGAUGUCACGCCCUUUUAGCUUUCACUUUCCUUAAUCCUUAUGUUGCCAUGUCAUGUAUGGGCUUAGCCUAUUCCAUUCUUGCCAGUGCCCUAUGGCCGAUCACAGCACAGAUUGUAAAAUCAACACAACUAGGAACAGCUUAUGGCAUCAUGCAGGCUAUACAGAACUUGGGUUUAGCUGUGAUAGCUAUAGUAGCUGGUGCUAUUGUUGAUUCAAAAGGCUAUCUGAUCCUGGAAGUGUUUUUCUUGGCAUGUCUCUGCGUGGCCCUUAUAGCUGCUGUGUUGCUUUAUCUAGUGGAUGCCUCUAAAGGUGGAAAGCUUAAUCUCUCAGCAAAGGAGAGGAGGAAACUGGCAGCCAUUAAUUCUGAGAAGGGCGAGGAGAAAAAACUACUGGAUUGAAGAUGGUGCCAUGUGGAAAUAUUUUACAAAAUCUGUGAUAUGUGUGGAGGUGGACAAGACACGGGAAUAAUAUGGGAGAGCAUUGACAAAAACCAAGGACAUUGUAUACACAGGCACACACACACAUACACGCAUAAAGAAUCGGUGAAGAUUUUAACACAAGCAUUCCAGUCAAACUUACUGCAUUUAAUGGUCUUUAUGUGCAAUUACUGGUAUACUUCACUUAGGACAUUCAGAAUUUUUAAGAAAUUCAGGAAUACAUGUCUUGUCUCAUACUUUGGUAAUAUUAAUAUGAAAUAUUUAUUUACAAAAACAAAAUAUAAAGGAACUUGGAUUUUAUUUUUCAAGCAUAAUAUGAUUUCCCUAAAAUUUGUUUUAAACCCAAUCAGAGUGGCGUUGUUAAACUUUACAGUUGAUGAUAUUAACUGCAUGAAAACAGAGAUUUAUUGUUUAUAUAUGCUGGAAUACAUAUUUUAAAUUAAAAUUGUACAAAAGAAGAUUUUACAUUUGCUGAAACAUGUAUAAACAAGUUUUUAAAGAUUUUCAGAAAAAGGUUUUACACAAUAUACAUGACAAUUCAAUGAUGUUGUGAAUAUAAAGUUUGCAGUGUUUUCUGCAUCACUCAUCAAUGUACAUCCAUCCAGGAACAGCUGGUUGUCCAAAAUUGUGGGAGGUGAUUAGAUUGCAUUUCGUAAUUGGAUAUUGUUUAAAGAAAAGUAUAAAUUUAAGCCACAUAAAAUAUUGUGCAAUGUGGCAGCACCAGACCUAAAUUUUUGUGUAUUUGUGUAAUAAUUUGUAUUUUUCAAAUAUGUUUAUGCUUUCAUUUAAAUAAAUGUUAGACAUGAAAGUUUAUUAUCUUAAAGUUUAGUAAAAUUCAGCCAAAUCAAAUACCAAGAGUUGUAAGUACUUCAUCUUUAGCGAAGCAAACUACUAGUCUAUAUGAUGACAAUAUUUCACAGUGAAGCAAACUACUAGUACAUUAGACAACUGUUUCUUCAAUAAAAAUGGAACUUGGAA